AUGGCUGAAAUUGCUGUUCGAAAGAUCGUGAUAGUGGGAGGCGGCGUCGCUGGAAUUUCACUAGCCCAUCAUUUACUCCGACAGACACUACCAGCUCUGACUGAAGGCCUUGAUCAAUCUUAUCAUGUCACUCUCGUUUCGCCAUCAUCGCACUUCUAUUGGAAAGUCGCAGCUCCACGCGUUUUGGUGGACCCCGAUUCAAGCCUCCCAGAGCCCUUUGUUGCUAUCGCAGAUGGGUUUCAGGAAUAUCCCGAAUCUCGAUUCACUUUCAUCCAGGCCCGUGCUACAAAUCUCGAUGAGCAAGCUCGAGCUCUGCAUGUACAGCUCGCGGAUACUAGUGAGGUUAUCUCCGUGGAAUACGACUCUCUCGUAAUUGCCACCGGAACGACCACUCACAGCCCCUUGUUCUCUUCAGCCGAGACCCACGCCGAGACGAAGCGCGUUCUCGGCGAAACGCAGAACCGCUUACGAGACGCUCAAUCUAUUAUCGUGGCUGGAGGGGGGCCGACGGGAGUUGAGACGGCAGGUGAGCUAGGAGCAAUGAGACAACACUGGUCCGGUCCAAAAAAAUCAAUCACCUUGUUAUCUGGCAAUGCAUGUUUGCUCCCCCAUGCCAAUCCUCGGACCUCUGCGAUAGCUGAGCAAAUGCUCCAAAAGCUGAACGUUGACGUGGUCCACGGAGUCCGGGUCACAUCUGCUGUCCAGAAAAAGAAUGAUCAAGGCCCAUGGGAGGUGAUUCUGAGCGAUCAGUCUACGCGAACAGUUGAUGUCUACAUUGAUGCAACUGGGAGCACGCCUAACACCGCGUUCCUGCCAUCAAAGUGGCUGGAUUCUAAAGGCUACAUCAAGACCGACCAAUACAGUCUGCGUGUACAGGAUAUAGCUGGAGUCUAUGCGUUGGGCUCGAUUACUUCCUUCACCAAUGGAAGUUUCUUCGACGCAAUCGAGCCCGUUCCGCCUCUCGCCGACAGUUUCCGGGACGACCAAUUGGUGCUGUAUCCGGAGGUGUCUUCCAGGGGCCAGACUUGGUGGGAGUGGAUAUUCGGUCGUCAAACACGAGUCUAUCAGCAAAAGACGUCGCUGACGCAGUUUGUGGCUGUGGGCCGAGAUGGAGGCGUCGGGGAACUCGGGGGUUGGCGAGUGCCAAGUGGGUUGGUAUACAAGGCUAAGGCAAAGACUUACAUGAUGGAGAAGAUGAAAUCGAUUGUAUACGGGCAAGAUUCUCGCCGAGCUUAG